AUGGUUCGUAGCAGUCUCUUGCUGCCGCUUCUUGCGGCGGCUUUCGCCGUCCAGGGAAAGUCAACUUCCCCCAAGACCGUUCCCGGUGCCUUCAUCGUUGAGUUGGAGGACGGACAGGACGCCUCCGACUUCUUCGCCGAGGCCGAGUCUGACACCAUCACCCGCAUGAACCUGACCUACUCCUUGUUCAAGGGCGCGUCGCUGCAGUUCAAGAACCUCGACACCGCCGACGAGAAGGCCGCGAAGCUGGCGCAGCUCCCGUCCGUCAAGGCCAUGUACCCCGUGCGGACGUACAGCAUCCCCAAGCCCGAGGUCGUCUGGACCGGCAAGCAGGGCCGCGACUACAUCGACCUCAAGAAGCGCCAGGAGGGCGAGGACGUCUUCUCGACGCACGUCAUGACGCAGGUCGACAAGCUGCACGCCGACGGCGUCAGCGGAAAGGGCAUCAAGGUCGCCGUUAUCGACACCGGCAUCGACUACCUCCACCCCGCGCUCGGCGGCUGCUUCGGCUCCGACUGCCUGGUCAGCUACGGAACCGACUUCGUCGGCGACGCGUACGACGGCUACAAUGAGCACUUCCCCGACCCCGACCCCAUGGACUGCGGCGGUCACGGAACCCACGUUGCUGGCAUCAUUGCCGCUCAGAGCAACCCCUUCGGUUUCACCGGUACCGCCCCCGGUGUCACUCUUGGUGCUUACAAGGUUUUCGGCUGCGAGGGUGAGGUCAGCAACGACGUCCUGAUCGCCGCUUACAACCGCGCCUUCGAGGACGGCAGCAACAUCAUCACUGCCUCCAUUGGUGGUCCCUCUGGCUGGACCGAUGAGCCGUGGGCUGCCACCGUCUCCAGAAUCGUCGAUGCCGGCGUUCCCUGCACGGUCUCCGCUGGUAACUCUGGUGAUCAGGGUAUCUUCUUUGCUUCCACCGCUGCCUCUGGCAAGCACGUCACCGCCAUCGCCUCCUUCGACAACGUCAUCACCCCCGCCGUCCUCAUCGAGCAGUCUUACACCAUCGCCGGCGGCGAGGAGAAGAACUUCACAUACACCCCCGGUGAGCCCGAUGCUUGGGCCGGCGUCUCCCUCCCCCUCUGGGCCGUCAGCACCGACUCUACCUCCACCGAGGCUCUGGGCUGCGACGCUUACCCUGUCGGCACCCCCGACCUGAGCGACAAGAUCGUCCUCAUCAAGCGCGGAACCUGCACCUUCGUCGCCAAGGCCCAGAACGCUGCCGCCGCCGGUGCCAAGUACAUCAUGCUGUACAACAACGCCCCCGGCGCUGGUUCCGUCUCCGUGACCGCCGUCCCUGAGAUCCUUGCCAUCGGCAUGACCCCCCCUGAGAACGCCGCCCCUUGGCUCGAGGCUCUCGCCGCCGGCCAGGAGGUCGUCCUCAACAUGGGCGACCCUGCUGAGGCCGAGCAGGUCCUCACCGAGGCUGCCAACAACGCCACCGGCGGCUCUGUCUCUACCUUCAGCUCCUGGGGCCCGAACUGGGACGCCUACUCCAAGCCCCAGUUCGGUGCCGUCGGAGGCAACGUCCUCAGCACCUACCCCAGAGCCCUCGGCAGCUACGCCGUCCUCUCCGGUACCUCCAUGUCUUGCCCCCAGACCGCCGGCAUCGUCGCCCUCAUCGCCGAGGUCCGCAAGACCCUUGACCCCGCCACCAUCGAGAACGUCCUCUCCGCCAACGCCAACCCGGUCAAGUUCAACGACGGCACCGGCUUCGGCGAGCUCCUCGCCCCCAUCGCUCAGCAGGGUGCCGGCCUCGUCCAGGCCUACGAUGCCGCUCACGCCUCGGCCAUCCUCAGCGUCUCCAACCUCUCCUUCAACGACACCGACAACUUCAUCCCCGAGCUGAACUUCACCAUCAAGAACACCGGCUCCGCCGACGUCACCUACGAGCUGAGCAACAUCGGCGCCGCCACCGCCUACACCUUCGCCGCCGCCGGCGACCUCUUCCCCGCCACCUUCCCCAAUGACCUCUCCGCCGAGUAUGCCACCCUCGCCUUCAGCGAGGACAAGGUCUCCGUCCCGGCCGGCGGCGAGGCCACCGUCCUCGUCACCCCGACGCCCCCCGCCAGCCUCGUCGCCGAGCGCCUCCCCGUCUGGUCCGGCUACAUCGCCCUCAACGGCACCGACGGCACCAGCCUCAUCCUCCCCUACCAGGGCAUCGCCGGCAGCCUCCACAGCCACGUCACCCUCGACGUUGCCAUCAUGACCACCUCCACCAGCGCCAAGGCCGAGGAGUUCGAGGAGGUCCCCUCCAACUACACUUACAUCCUCCCGCCCCCGGGCACCGCCAACGAGACCGACGCCGUGCUGCCCGCCCUCGCCGUCAACAUGGCCUUCGGCUCCCCCUUCGUCCGCGCCGACCUCGUGCCGCUCACCAGCUGCCCGCCCAACAUCACCAAGGAGGUCUUCGGUACCAAGACCAUCGGCCAGCCGCGCUCAUUCCCCUACCUGUACGUCUCACGCGGCGUCUUCUCCGUCAACUGGGAUGGCCAGCUCGAUGAUGGUACUUAUGCCCCCGCGGGCAAGUACAAGUUCGCCGUCAAGUCGCUCCGCGUCUUUGGCGAUGCGUCCAAGUUGGAGGAGUACGAUGUCACUGAGACGCAGCCGUUCCGUAUCCAGUACGGCGGUGUUAACCAGACUGCGCCUGCGAGACGUUGGCUCUAG